AUGGCGUGCUACUACAUUGUGAUCAGUUCCACCCACCUGCGUGAUGGACAGCUGAGGAGCAUCAAGGGGGUGUUCAGAGGACCAAUAGGAACCAACGGCCAAAGAAACACGGAGGAAGGAGACUCCAGUUUCUACUGCGAGCUGUGCGAUAAGCAGUACGUGAGACAUCAACAGUACGACAACCACAUCAACUCCUACGACCACCACCACAAGCAGCGCCUGAAGGAGCUGAAACAGAGGGAGUUUUACAGAGCGCUGGCCUGCAGGAGGCAGAGGAGACGCAGGGAGGAGAAGAGAGAGGAGAGAGCGCUGAGGAGACUCCAUCAACAUGAGGAGAGGAGGACAGGAGAGUGUGCUCCUGGUUCCGGUCCCAUGUUCAGGUCCACCACCGUGGCGGUCGACCCAGCCAGUCAAACCAGACCAGACUUCAUGCAGAACUGGGCCGACAUCCGUACAGGCAGCACACUGGGAGCAAAGACUCAAACCCCGCUGAUCCAGCCUUUCCUUCCUCUGGACCCUGCACUGGAAACCAGACUCCUGAAUAACACACAGUGGGAAUACAACCAGUUAGACUCCAACAGCAACGCUGAUACUGCUGCUGCUGCUGCUGCUGCUGGAACCUGCAUCCUCAACAAGACCCAACUGGACUACAACGACCUGACUGCCGCCGCCGCCGCCGCCGUUACGUCCAACAACAUCAUGAGCACGAACGCUGAUAACACAGAUAUCAACACUACCAAAACCAGACACUUUAACAAGAUCCCUUGGGCUCAUAAUUAUUUAAGCAACACCUUUACACCCAAAAACAUCCCAAUAACUGCCACUAACACCACCACUAAUGGUUCUAUUUUCAAGAAAACCACUACCACCAGUGAGAACAGAGCAAUGUGUGGAGCUUCAGACGCCCAGUCCGUCCCCGGCAGAGUCCGUCCCGUUUCCUUCUCGCUGCCCAAGAGGAGCUGCGUCCUUCUCCACCAAUCGGCUGCGGUCUUCAUCCAAGCCGGACGGGGCUCGGGCUUGUCGGGGAAGCACGAAGGUGUGACAGCUGUGAAAGAUCAGGGGGACAAAAUCACAGAUCAGCAGCUCAAAUCUCCAGUAUCUCCAGAUGCUGAUGUUGUAAGUGUGGAUCACUGGGACACUGGAAACCAGUGCGGUGUGGAUGGUAAAACUGCAAUCCAGCACUCCGAGGCUGCAGCCAGUAUGUCUACCGAGAGGGGAACUGGAGGCCUCUCUGGGACUGCAGCCCAGCUUUCUUUAUGUAAUCGCAAUGUGAUCAGGGUUGAGGACUCUGUUAUCAGUGGGAACGGAGCCCAGAUCUCCUUAUGUAAUGACAACAGCACUGGAGCCCAAGUAGUCGGCAAUGAAAGUAGGACUGGAGCUCAUCUUUAUUUAAACAGUGGGAUACCGGGACAGAUUUCUGACAGUGUCAGUGAAGUUGUGGCCCGAGAUCUGGAUUUAAAUUUGGACAAUCAGACAGAGUUAGACCCUACCGGAGAACUGCUUUGUCCCGCUACAAAUGAGCUCCAAAAAUCAAUUUCUGGUGUUUUAAAUGAGCCCAAAGAGUCUUCGGUUCAGCCUCAGGCCAAAGACUUGAAGUCCUCUUCAUCAAACUGGGCUAAAGAUUCAAAUUCUUUGCCUCCAGGUCGUCCCAAAGAACCGUUUUGUCGUGUCCUGAGCCGAGACGGCAGCAGGGUUCUUCUCUGGCCGUCGGAGAUGGUCAGUUACACCAAAACUUCACCAUCCAUCUCCUACAGCGUCAACCCUCUACUGUAUGACUUCAGAGCACAUAACCGGGCCAAGGAAGGGGGUGAUGAAAAGAAGGGAGGGCUGGAGGAAGGGAGGGAGAGAAUAAAGCCAUCUGUGAUCAAACAACCCAACUGCCAACAGAGGCAGGAAGAUAUGGAGGGAGGAAGGGAGGUGAAGAUAGAUGAAAGGGAAGAGGAGGAUGAAGGAGGACAGGCAGGAAAUCCUAUGGAACCUGUAGCCCAUUGUAGCGGCAGCGACGCAGUUCCGGAUCGCUCUGGCUGCCGUGAUGAAAGUGCUUUAAAAUUCGUUCCCGUUACUGCAGAAUGCCACCUUGCGCUAGGCCUUCAAAAACCAGGGAAGAGGAGGAGGAGGAGGAAGAGACGGGGAGGGGUGAGGAGAGGAAUGAGGAAGAGGGCGAGGAGGAAACGAGGAGAAGAGACAGACAGAAAGGAUUCGGAAAGAGGGAGAAGGAUGAUAAGUGGUCUUUCUAUGAAUCAGAUGUUUGAAGGGAGAGCAGAGCAGGGGUUGAAAAGAGAGGGCACAGAAAAAGAGGAGAGGAGGGAAAAAGCGCUAUUAAGUAAUCUCGCAGAGCAUCGGCUGGUAGGAGGCAGAGAAAAGAGGAUGAGGGCAGAAGAGAGAAGGAUAAGAGGAGAUCAGACGGAACGAGAGAGGGCAGGUAGAAAUGACGUGAAGAGACGAGAGCUAUUAAGUAAUCUUCCUGUGAAUCGGUGUAAUCGGUGUAACCAGCUGUGUCUGCAGGUGAAAAGGGAGGCCAGCCAGCAUCAAUCCCAGCAAUCAGCCUCCGGGUGGGGCCAGGGGCUCAGAAAGCUCCUCUGCAGGGGUGCAGCAUGUAACUCAGUGAUUAGCCCCGUCCCUGGGUCUGUUAUAGAGACGCCAUGCUGUCCUGCAAUUAUGCCCGACCCUGCUCAGAAUGGCAGAGAGACGGCGGAGAUACACAAAAAUACACAAACAGGGAAAGAGGAAGGGCAGAGAGAUGAGGAGCAAAGGAAUCUGAGGAAGACAGAGAUAAGAGCUGCUCAGGAUGCUAAGGAAAACGUGUGUAACCUGACGAUUAGCGGCGUUUCUUUUCCCUGUCGAGACGCAGCACGUGAGACAGAAAUUUGUCUUGUUCCUUCACCUCACAGGGAAACAGCAUGUGAUUCAGCGAUUAGCCUUGUCCCUGCUUCCUUUAGUGAAACAGCGUGUAGUCAAAGACAAACAAUACCUGCAGGACACAGCAAUCCCGUUUUAGGCCCGGCCCCACGCUGCUCUGCACAACAGACAGAAACAGAACCGCGAAUUAGAUCGGCCUGCGCAGACAUGACCCUCCCCGGCGAUGCAAUUUCAAAGGAAGUGAUGUCAAAGAGAGCAGUAACAGCCGGCAAGAGGAAAAGGGAAUCGCCGGAGGCCGGGGUGACACCGAGGAAGAAACGGAAACGGGGAAGGAGACAAACGAGGAGGGCUUGUGCACAGAGACAGCAGAGGGCUUGUGUCGAGUUGAUCUCUGACCUUGGCGCAGAUGAAGCGUGUUGUACGCAGGAGAGAAACAUGGAGGCACCUAAACCCCACAGCGACAAGACUGAGACUCUUUUGGACAACAUAGCAGAGUGCAGUCCAAAGGAUGACAACACUAACUGCCUUUCACUUCACCGGAUGAAACACUGUCUGUGUCAUGACGCUAAUAGCCGGGAGGAAACAUUUAGCUGUAACACCUCUGACAAACUCAAUAACUGUUGCCGCUGUGAUGACAGCGAAGGCGGCAACGCUAAUGACUGCCUCAGCUCCGGAGCCGAGGAAAAGAGGAAGUGCCGGACUGAGAAAUCUGUCAGUGACUGUCACACCUGUAACACACCUAGCAGCUACAGCGAGCGGAGUGAAAACGGCAAAAGGGACGAUAAACAUGAUGAAUCCGGCGUCUGCACGGCUGCAAUCAGCAACACUAAUGACGAUCCUCGCUACAAAGGCCGGGAUCAGACUCCCGGUCACACGGACAAACUUUACUCAGCUAACAGGAGUGAUAAACCCAUCAGUGACACCACUGACUCACCUGUGGACUCAUUCACUUGUAGCAUCAAUGACACGCAUGCUGAUCACUGUCAAUGUAAAAACAAGCACGCUGACAACACUGACAAAACAACCGCUUUUUGUGAGAAAACGGCAGCCUGUAACAUCACAAACAAGUGCAGCGGCGGCUGUAACUGUAAAACAAAUGACACGUGUAAUCACAAUUACGGUUAUAACCACACAGACAACCAAAGUGAGGAUGAUAAAACCAAACCCGAGUGUCACACUCGACACAAAAGCCGCCUCUCUGAUUCAGCGAUUGAUUACAAAUCCUGCAGCGGUAUUGAUCAGACGGACAGGAAUGGCGGUGACGAUAUUGACAGUGUUCGGUGUAAUCACUUUAACAGUAAUCAUGUCACUGAUUGUGAUCGCUGUGGUAAUGUUGUUGAUAACUAUAGCUCCAGAAACGGAGCGGACGUCGCUCCGCUGAUGCGAGCUGAGCAAAAGGAGGAGGAAAGAGAUACGGAGAAAGAGCGACAGGAGGAGGAGGAGAGACAAAUGGAGAGGAAGAGGGUGAAAGAGAAGCGAGAGGAGUGGGAGAAGGAGUGGGGCUUCCACAUGUUCAAACCUCUGCAGAUGAUCCAGAACGCGGCGGCACGUCUGAUCUUCAACCAGACCAAAACAACGCAUCACUACGCUGUUCAUGUCCCUCCUCUGGCUUCAACACCUUGA